CUGUGCUUUUCGUUUCAUGCUGUGGUUCCAUGGUUUACAGUUUUUAUAAAAAAACUGAAAAAUAUAAGUAAUUUCAUGAAAAUCUAAAUAAUUGAAUAUUUUUCGAUUGUUGUGACACUACCUAAUUGGCCCAGCAUAGCCCAAAAGUUUUUAAGUGGUUGAUAUUUGCUAUAGUAGAAGUAGAUUAUCUUAUAUUAACGUCUUGGUCGUCUCGUUCUGAAAUUUACUAUUCGGAUUUUGAAACCCAAGUGGUGGUAAUGGCGAGAAAAUUAUUAUUUCAUCAAUGUACUAGUCAUGGAGAAAGUUAACCUAACUAACUCGCCGAGUAAGGAAUGAAAACCAUGUUGUCAUGUAUUCCAUUUCAACGUUUAUAUUGUUGUGACGCGGAAAAAGUGGUCGAUCCAGAUAACAUUAAGAUGUGGUAUGCCGCUCUGUUGCGGUUCAUCCGAAAAAGAUUAGUGUUGGGAAUCAUAUUUGCAUCCUCAUUAACCUACUGUAUAGUCAGUUUAUUGAGAGAGGGGCACAGCAGAAACAUGGUUUUCCAAGAUGUGUCUAUUGAGAGGAAACCAUUUGUGUGGAGAACACUACAAGAGCAUAAUGAGACAAGUGACAGUAUAUGCCGGAACUCUGUACAGGGAAAAUCAUUACUUGUGGAUGAUAGAGGCUAUGUAUGUCAGAGAACGGACAUGGCAAAAAAUGGAUGUUGCACCAUAGAUGCGGAACACACUCAGAGAUAUAGUUGCAUAUCCUGCCAUGAGAACAACUGCUGUGUUAUUUAUGAGUACUGUGUUUCUUGCUGCCUAGAUCCUAGCAAGAGAAGUAUGCUAGAAGUGGUGCUGUCAAAACUUUCUGCAGAAGAAAAUGUGCUAUUUCACUCCAUUACUGAUGAUUAUGAACUGUGCCUAACCAAGUGUCGCACCAGUUCACAUAGUGUAUUACACGAAAACUCAUAUAAAGACCCAUCACACAAACACUGUUAUGGCGAAAGACAGCCAGAAGCGAAACCUGACUAGCGUUUAACUAUUAUUAACAAAAUAAAAUAUAAGUUAUGACAAGGUACAUCAUGAAUGUUGACAUAAAAAAAAACAAAAUUCUGAAGCUUUACUUUUGUGGUAUCCAAAUUUGUGUUAUGAUUGAUGCUGAUACGGCAUUUUCUAGUUGUUCAGCACUUUGGAAAAACGGUAUACCUAUGCACUGGAUGAGAUCAAAAAAUUGUGGUGUAUCAGCACCACAAGUUCUGACACUCAUGUGGAAGAUGUGAGGUAUCAUAUUGUAUCUCUUUGUCAUAUUGGGAUAACUGAAUUGGACAAAUCAAGCUCUAAGCAGUAAUUGGGAAGAAGUUAUGACUAU